AUGUUCUCGAGACAAGCAACUCAGAACGCGCGUUUUGCAGCACGGUGUGCUCGCCGCCCAGCUGCGCGGGUAACCAACCCUCAGUUCCGCGCCCAGAAGCCCCGCUUCCAGUCCACCGAGUCAGCAACCUCCGGCAACGCGGGCGCCGGCUCACAUGCCGCCAUCGGUGCCGCUUCUGGUGCCCUUGCUGCAGUCACCGUCGGCUACAUCUUCUACAGGCAAUCAGGCGCCCGUGACGUUGUGGUGGCUUCCAAGACUGCCAAAGGCUACGUCAGCUCAGCUACACAGAAGAUCAAGGAGCAGACACCUGAACCCAACGAGGCGCUGCAAUGGCUACGCAACGCCGCGCAGAGCUACGCAGCCUUCAUCCCCGGCGCCAAGGGCUACGUUGAUUCUGCAUUCGAUGACCUCGAUGCCAUUCGCGCAAAGCACGGCAAGGAGGUCGACCAAAUCGUCACCGAAGCAUACGAUGAAAUGCGCCAGGUCCUCGGCAAUGGCGACAUGAGCCUUGUUACCGCACACAAGACUUGGGACGUCAUUACCAAGCACAUGAGCCGCAUCGCAGAUCUCGCUGGCGACGCGUCGCAGCAGAUCAUGGACAACCACCCUCAACUCAAGGAGAAGGUUGGCGGUAACAUCGACAAGCUCAAGGAGUACGGCGACAAGUAUGGUCCUGAGGCCAAGAAGGAGGUCGAUAGAACAUGGAAGCAGAUCAGCGACGUCGUCAAGACCGGCGUGAGCGCAUCCAACAUCGAAAAGAUCCGCAGCAUCGUACAAGAAAAGGUUGACAAGCUUAAGAAGAUGGGUGACGAGGCCUGGGACAAGGGUAUGGAGCAGGCUAAGCCCUACCUUGACAAGAACCCUCAGGUCAAGAAGAUUGUGGAGGAGAACGCAGAUGCGCUCAAGGGCGGAAACGUACAAGAGCUGUACGAGCGCGUCAAGUCUGCUGUCGAGAAAGGCGACACAGGUGACCUCGAGUCAUACGUCAAGAGCGCUGCCAACAAGGCUAAGGAUGCUGGUUUCGGUGACUACGAACAAUACCUCAAGCAGAUCCCUGGAGGCGACCAGAUCAUGCCCAAGUUGAGCCAGCUCCAGGAUGUUGCCCAGAAGCACGGCGAUGAGGCUCAGAAGCUCUUCCGAGACACCGUCUCAGAGAUCUCCAGCAUCCUCCAGAAGAAGGGAGAUGAAGCGUCAAAGUUGGCCGAGAAGGCGAAGGAGGACUCGAAGAAAUAA